AUGGCUUUAAUAGAUAAUCCAGUAAAAGACUUGAAAAACUUGGAAACUAGACUCACUCAAGAAUUACAAGCAAAAGAACAAAUAAUUAAGAAUUUAGAGCAAAGUAAAAAGAUAGCCGACGAAGAUAAUCAAUUGAUACUCUCCUUUUUAUGGAAUGAAAUAGGUAGCGAUAGUUUAGAUAAUUUAAGAGAAUUAUUAGCAGGGCAGAAACUAACUGAGAUAAGGCGAGACAUUCAAAACUUAAAUUUUGAUUUGGUAACAAAAAGGGAAGAAUUAUCAAAGUUAAAAACUCAACUCAAAAAUUUAGAAGAAAAGAAUAAAGCGCGAGAAGAUGAUGUUAAAGCUAAGCAAGAAAUUAUUAAUGUUUUAGAGGAAACGAUUAGAGAACGAGAAAAAGAAACGAGAGCCAAACAAGAAAUUAUUAAUAUUUUAGAAGAAAAGAUUAGAGAGCGAGAAGAAGCAGCUAAAACUACGCAAGAAACGAUUGUUGGCCUAGAAGUAAAGAUCAAAGAACAAGAAGAAAUAGCUCAAGACAAGCAUGAAAUGAUUCAUGAUUUAGAAGAAACUAUUAGAAAACGUGAAGAAGAAACAAACGUCAAGCAAGAAACUAUCAAUGUUAUAGAAGAAAAGAUUAGAGAGCGAGAUGAAGUAGCCCUAACUACGCUAGAAACUAUUAUUGGCUUAGAAACAAAGAUUAAAGAACAAGAAAAAGAAACAAAAGCAAAGUAUGAAAAGAUUUAUGAUUUGGAAGAUACGAUUAGAAGACGUGAAGAAGAAAUCAACGCAAAACAAGAAACUAUUAAUGUUUUAGAAGAAAAGAUUAAAGAACGAGAAGAAGAAACCAAAAUCAAACAAAAAACUAUUAAUGCUUUAGAAGAAAAAGUUAAAGAGCGAGAGGAAGGAACUAAAGCCAAGCAAGAAAUCAUCAAUGAUUUAGAAGCCAAGAUUAGGGAAGAAGAAGAAUCAUCCAAUAUACCUAAAGUCCCUACUUUAAUUUAUGGACAAUUAUUAACUUAUGGAAAUAUCCUUAAUGCUGGUUCCUUCGCGGUAAUAAGUGAUUUAGGAAUAAGUAGAUCUAUAAAUGAAUCAGCAGAUAAUAAUGGUGGGGAAAUUUAUGGAAUUCUGACUCAUAUCGCUCCAGAGGUUUUUCAAGGAAAUAAAUUUACCACAGCUUCAGACAUAUAUAGCUUUGGAAUGAUUAUGUGGGAACUAAUGACUGGUAGGAUGCCUUUUUGGGAUCGAUAUCAUGAUACUGAACUUAUUAUCGAAAUCUGUGAUGGUUUUCGUCCUCCAAUUGUCACAAAUGCACCUGAGGAUUAUAUUGAAUUAAUGCAGCAAUGUUGGAACGGAGAUCCGAAUAAAAGACCAUCAGCUGCCGAAACAUAUAAAAUCCUUUUAAAAAUCAUUAAUAAUGAAAAUGCAUGUUAUGUUUACCAAGAAAACAAUAGUGAUAAAAGAAAAUUUGAUAAUUUGUUUGAUGAUAAAAUUGUUAAAAGGAAUAAAUAUUCCGAACAUAAAAAUAAUGAGUAUGUAUCAAAAGAAUAUGACUUUGACAUCAUUAUGAAUUUGAACGAUUCCAAUGAAAAAUACAUUUCUCGUGAAUUAGAAUUUAAUAUUUGA